AUGGAAGUGGACCUGACCUCGCGCAACGCCAAGUGGACCCGCGAGCAGAAGAAGCGACGCGAGCAGGCGAAGCACAAGAUCGAAGCGGAGCGUCAGAAGCGCGUGGCGGCGGCCAAGGCCCGUGAAGAGCUAGAGGCGCUGCAGAGGCAGAAGCGCAUGGCGCGCAUCGCCGAGUUGGAGCGGCAGGAAGAGCAGAUGCUGGAGGAGGAGCGACUCACGGGCGGUAUCAAGUACUUGCGCGAGCUGAGGGCGUUCCCGACAGCUGGAGACGGUGACAAGAUCACGCUGCCGGUGUCGGCGCUGGAGGAGCUCAAUCCGCAGCACGCUCUGGAGCUUGGCGUGUUCACGUUUGAGCUGUCGUUCACCGAAAUGGGUACCGAUAUCGGUCCGGACUGUACAUUUGAGCGGCGGACGCACGCCGGCGUGCUGGAGUUUGUGGCGGAAGAGGGGACCGUGGGGCUUCCGCCAAAAGUCGCGGCGUCGUUAUUCCGACAGACAGAAGCACUGCCCGAGAGCAUUCAAGUGCGCUUUGUGCGGUUAGAACAGGGCAAGUUUGCGAGUCUACAGCCGAGAGGCGACGGGUUUGGUGAUCGUCAGAUCGACUUCAAGCACAUGCUUGAGUGCUCGCUACAGACACACACGACACUGACGGAAGGCGACAUCUUGUUUGUCCGACAUGGCAGAGAAACGUUCGAAGUGCUUGUGUCGAAAUUGGAACCUGAGCGAGCUGUCCAUAUUAUCAACACUGACCUUGAAGUGGACUUGAUUCCGUGCGAAGCUGUGGCCAAGGCGGAAGAAGAGAAGAAGCGGCUGGACGAAGAGGAAGCGCGUGUUGCAGCUUUGGUAGACGACAAGGAGCAGUGGAAAGCACACAAGAUGGCGGCGUUGGUGCCGGAACCGUCUGCAGAAGAGCCUUUUCAGACGAAGGUGGUGCUGCGGAUGCCUGAAGGUCCUGCAACGCGCCGCUUUUUGCUCGCGUCUCGGUUGCAGCACGUGUUUGAUUUUGUCGAGGCGCUGACGGGCGAAGAGUCGCGUCUUUUUCGCUUGGCGACUUCAUAUCCACGUCAACUCUUUGGAGUAGAUACAGCUGACAAGACGCUGCAAGAACUUGGUCUCAACGGCCGCCAAGUAGCGUUGUUUGUUGAAAAGCUAUCGGCCGACGAAGGUAUGGUCGAACCAGGGGCUGCAGAAGAUGAAGUACGUUUGGAGCCAGCACAAGGCGCUCGGGCACGUACGCAGCUACCUGGUGCUUGGGACGAAGCUCGACGGAGUCUGGAAGUGCGGCUUGAUGCAAGCAUGCACUCCACUACAGUUCCUGCGAUUCACGCGAUGGAGCCUGUGAUAGCUGUCACGCCGUCUGCAGACCGAGAGAUCAAAUGGCAGGCCCAGCUGGGCGAGCUGGAGCAAAUGGGUUUCAUGGAUCGACCACUGAAUAUUGAAGUGCUCGAGAAGUACCAGGGUCGACUACUGCGCGUCGUGAAUUUCUUGUCAGAGAUGGCGACUAGUACCGUGAAUAGCGGUGUGACCGUAAUGGAAGAGUGA